AAAAAUUGAAAUUGGGUAAAAUUAGGAAAGGGCGAAGACUGUUGGCGGCGGAUUUGACGCAGAAUGGGAAAACGAGAGAAGAGACAGAAACAACAACAAAGAGCUUCAGCUUCACGAAGAGCUGACUUCUCAUUCUACGCUCAAGAUCAUGAAGAAGGCUAUGAAGCUGACUACAGCUACCCUUCAAGUUUGCCCUCUUCCUCUGAUCAGGAACUGCCUCAAAUUUCUGAUGAAGAUGAUGAUGAUCGACAAGAACAAGAUGAUCAAGAUGACCCUCACUCAUCAACAAAUAUGCCCUCUAAGUUUCUCCUCUACCAGCAAUCUGUACAGUCACCAAAAGGAGACAUAAGCUAUUUGCAGAAGUUCUUUUUGAUGUAUGUUGGUGGGAGGCAACCACUUCAUCUCCAAGAAGAUUUUUGUGGCAGUGCUUUGCUUAGUACAGAAUGGCUGCGGAGUGACUCAAGAAGGACCGCUGUGGGAUUGGAUUUGGACCUUGAGGCACUAGAAUGGUGCAAGGAGAACAAUGUAAACAAACUUGCAGGUGAUUCUUAUUCCAGAAUAUUCCUUUUUCAUGGGAAUGUUUUGCAACCUCUUGAGGCCAAACUAGUGAGAUGUAACCCUGAAGAGUUGUUAAAGAACAUUACAUUAAAGGAGAAUGACAAUAGUUCUGUGACUUCCACUUUGGACUCUGUGAGGCAAGAUGGCUCCGCUGCAUCUAGCGAUAAUAACUGCACAAUGAAAACUUAUCCACUGCAGGCAAGAGACAUUGUGUGUGCUUUCAAUUACAGUUGUUGUUGUCUCCACCAACGUGCAGAUCUGGUUUUGUAUUUCAAGCAUGCUCUUGGUGCCCUGUCUAAAAAAGGUGGUAUAUUUGUAAUGGAUUUAUAUGGUGGCACAUCAUCAGAGCAGAAGUUAAGACUCCAGAGGAGAUUUGCCAAUUUUAUGUAUGUUUGGGAGCAAGCUGAGUUUGACAUUGUUGAGCGAAAAACAAGAAUUAGCCUCCACUUUCAUCUUCAAAAGCAGCAGAAAAAACUUCGACAUGCAUUUUCAUACAACUGGAGGCUGUGGUCACUACCUGAGAUCAAGGACUGCUUAAAAGAAGCUGGGUUCAAAUCUGUCCAUUUCUGGCUUCGUGAGAUGCCAGACACUCAACAAAACAAAAGUACAGAGGGAUUUGGAGUUGCACAAGAUGUGAAGUAUGAAGAGGUGAAAAGUUUCCAGCAACAAGAUGCUUGGAAUGCAUAUAUCGUUGCUGUUGCCUAGUCAGUCUGUAGCUCCUUUGGUAAAUCUUUGGAAUGAUGCUGAAACAGUUGCUCAUAUAAGCAGGAGAGAUGCAAUGAUCUUCUAGAUGGUCAAACAAAUACUUUCAAGGGUACAAACUGCCAUGUUUUGUUUAUUUUAGCUUUCAAAACUCCUAGAAUCUUAUAUCAACAAUGUGGAGUAGUGGCUACUACAGAGCCUCUAUCUGGGAAUAAUGUUUUUUCAACCUAGAUCUAAGUUAGAUUAUAUGAUUAAGCAACUAUUUUCUUGAAUGGAUAGAUUAUAGUAAUAUCAACAAGUUUCUAUAA